GCAUUAGCCCCGUUUCUUAUAAAUAAAAAAAAAAAUUUUAAAACUUGUUCAAGCUUUUAAGCAUAUUGACUUGUGAGUUAUGAGUUGUGUAAUUGGAAGUUUCCUUUAAAGCAAAAAAGAAAAAAAAAAGGAAAUUCCAAAAUCCAUAGUAGUCCCAUUCCAUACGUUGCACGGCAUGGACAAAGGAGAAAAGUCAAUUCCAAAUCCCAGAAAGCUGUUUUCAUUUUUUAAUUAUGCGAAUUAUUUUGAUUUAGACAGAGUAGUAAAAAAAAAAAAAGCAGAAAGCGAAGCACAGCAGUACGAGACGACUAUUAACUGCAGCUCUGAAACUAGAGGAACGGAAAGCCAUAAUAUUUUCGUCUUCCUCCUCUCUUCUCUCUCUCCCUUCAUUUGUGCUGCAAUCACCACAAGUGAGGUUCUUCAUUUUGAAUUAUCUUGUAUUCUAUCUGAGUUUUACCUGUAACUUUUAUGUCUGGUAGCUGAGAGAAUGUAAGAAAAGCUUACCUUUGAUCUACCCAUUGGAAAUAAAAAGAAGAAAAAGACUUUGGAUCUGUUUCUGGCCUCUGGGUGCUUAAGACCAAAAGAAUGUAUUAGCUUCUGCGUGCAAAAGGACACUUCAAGGUGGAAAUAUAGCAAAACCCAGGUUCAAUUCCAUUGAAAAGUUAUAAAGGGCAAGGAUUUUGAUUGGUUGGUGAUACUGGUCAACAUAAAAAGCUGGUGAUGACUUGUUUCUCUUUCUUUUUUAGGAAGAAGGCAGCAUCCUCAGUUACAAGGACUGUUGAACUUGAUGAAGUGGUUUCAGGCAUUUUAAAUGUUACUGUGUACACUUACAAGGAACUGCGAAUUGCCACUGAGAACUUUCGUGAAGAAAAUAAAAUUGGUCAGGGAGGCUUUGGCUCCGUGUACAAGGGCACACUUAAGAAUGGCACUUUGGCAGCUAUAAAGGUAUUGUCAGCAGAGUCUAGGCAAGGGUCAAGGGAAUUUUUGACAGAAAUCGAGGUGAUUGCAGACAUUGAGCAUGAUAACCUGGUUAAGCUAUAUGGUUGCUGUGCAGAAGGCAAUCAUAGGAUACUGGUUUAUGGCUAUCUCGAGAAUAAUAGCCUUGCACAAACACUUCUUGGUGGAGGCCACAGUAGUAUCCAGUUUAGUUGGUCUGCAAGGUGUAAAAUAUGCAUUGGUGUUGCAAGGGGGCUUGCUUUUCUCCAUGAGGAAGUUCAGCCCCAUAUUAUUCACAGAGACAUUAAAGCUAGCAAUAUUCUCCUUGAUAAAGACCUCUCACCAAAAAUUUCAGAUUUCGGUCUGGCAAAGUUUAUUGCACCCAACUUAACUCAUGUUAGCACUCGUGUUGCUGGAACAGCAGGUUACUUGGCACCUGAGUAUGCCAUACGAGGUCAAGUGACAAGGAAAGCAGACGUCUACAGUUUUGGUGUUCUGAUCUUGGAAAUUAUUUGCGGGAGGUGCAACACAAACAGACGAUUACCAUUAAAAGAACAAUAUCUUCUUCCAGUGGUAUGGGAACACCAUGAGAGGGAGCAGCUGGUGGAGUUAGUAGACACAGCAUUGAAUGGAAUAUUCAAUGUUGAGGAGGCUUGCAGAUUCCUAAAGAUUGGCCUUCUCUGCACUCAAGACAUGCCCAAGCUCCGACCAUCCAUGUCUACUGUUGUUGAGAUGCUGACAGGUGAAAGAGAUGUGAAUGAGGAGAAGAUAUCCAAACCAGGACUGCUUUCUGAAUUCAUGGAUCAGACAGAAGGCCACAGGGAUAAGGCCACUGCAAGACCUUCAUCUUGCACAGUAUCUGCCUCAGGGAGGUUUAUCAAUACAUCAUCAUCAUCAGAAAACAUAACUACUUCAUUUGCCACAAUGACCUUCAAUUCUAUAUAUGACCGAAGCAAUUAGGGCAGGCAGAAUCUCUUUUUGGUUAUUGUCUGGUUUGGCCAGGCAGUCAGCAUAUGAAUUCUUCUAGGUUAAUAUCAUUUUUUGCUUGGGUAUGUCUUGAGUGCAUUGGCACACCCUGUUAGGGGAACAAGUAGUAAUAUGCUAUGAAAGAAUACUUUUGUAGGGCUACAGUUGGUGUAAAUGUUUAUAAUCAAUUAACUUUAUCUUUUCUUGCUUUGUAGAGAAAGUUUGACUAUAUGAACAAUACUUCCACCCCUUUCUUCAGUUCCAGGCAUUGUGUGCAGACAGGGUUUCUUUCCAAGUUUUACCUGACUGGAACUGCACUCUGAAAUAAGCUUCCUACACUCUUUGUAAACUCAGGCACGAGGAGUGCAUGAGGCUUACUCAAAUUGGAAUUUGUUCUAGCUACAAAUGGAAAUCAGGUCAUGGUUGACCAGCAAAGGGGCAUUGGAGCAUCUAUUUGUGACAGAAUCAUUUCUCAGCUAAGUUAAAUUAUUUAAUUAUAUA